AUGAAGCUCUCGACCCUUAUCCCUGGCCUGGCCCUUGUAGGCGCUUCGAUCGCAACUCAGUCCCUGUGUAACAAGUACACGACUGCUCUCUUCGGUAGCAACACGGAAGCCCACCAACAGCUACUCCUCCACAAGCUCGUCAACACUGCGGUCAUCGGCAAUUACUCGGCGGGCGCACUGAACGCCGUGCCAGGCAUCCUCGCUCCUGGCACCUACAACGGUGAGAAUGUCAACCUGCUUCAGUACUUCGACGGCGAGCUCGCAUCAUCCAACCGUGGCGGCAAGUGUGGUGUCGCCAUCAACUUCCUCGACGGGGGAGGGGCUGCGCCAUUGAUGAACGACAAGGCUGCCAACUGUCGUAACUGCAAUCAAUUCUUCCUCCUCACUCACCUCUACAAGUUCUUCGCUGCGUUGCUCGGCUGCAGCGUCUUCGGCAACACGGUUAAGCCGUACGACGGCUUCAACGGAAUGUACCAAGUACACAAGUUCAUGGCCCUCGACGCCGCCGAGGUCGGGUACUUCAUCCAGCAGGUCGGCCUCGCUGCAACGUCUUUUGGUGUCUCCCAAAGCGAUGCCGCCGCUGUGGGACAGGCGCUCAUGGCAUUGUUCGGGUAUCGUUGCGCACCUGCUACCAGUGUGCCGAGCUUUGAGCCCGCCGCGCUCCAGUCAAUCUGCACUGCUUGUGACUGUCCAAAGGCCAGUCCGGCUGACUGUGGCGACUACGGCCCCGUCAUUGAGCCAAAGCCAGCGGGCAGCUCGUCGUCGUGGUGCGGGUCGAAGGGCUGGAAGAGCUCUUGGAAGUGGUGCUCCAGUCACCACAGCUAG